AGAGGCUGCCCUGGGACCUGCCAGGACCAGGCCGACAGCGCCCAUGAGCUCCAACGUGGCUGCAGCGGUGCCGGCGGCCGUGUCCACCUCCAGGAAGGAGUCUCCAGGCAGGUGGGGCCUGGGGGAGGAGCCGACAGGUGUGGGCCCCUCGCUCCAGUGCCGCGUGUGUGGGGACAGCAGCAGCGGGAAGCACUACGGCAUCUACGCAUGCAACGGCUGCAGCGGCUUCUUCAAAAGGAGCGUGAGGCGAAGGCUCAUUUACAGGUGCCAGGUGGGGGCAGGGAUGUGCCCGGUGGACAAGGCCCACCGCAACCAGUGCCAGGCCUGCCGGCUGAAGAAGUGCUUGCAGGCGGGCAUGAACCAGGACGCCGUGCAGAAUGAGCGCCAGCCGCGGAGCACAGCCCAGGUCCGAAUGGACAGCGUGGAGUCAGAAACGGAGCCCCGGCUGGAGCCCCUGGCGACCCCCCCGGCCCUCGGAGGGCCCAGCUCUCGGGGCCCCACACCUGUGUCUGCAGCCAGAGUCCUGGGACCCCGGGCCCUCACACCUCCGGGGCACCACCACUUCAUGGCCAGCCUGAUAACGGCCGAAACCUGCACUAAGCUGGAGCCCGAGGAUGCCGACGAGAAUAUCGAUGUCACUGGCAAUGACCCCGAGUUCCCCUCGUCCCCAUACUCCUCCUCCUCCCCGUGUGCCCUGGACAGCAUCCAUGAGACGUCGGCUCGCCUGCUCUUCAUGGCCGUCAAGUGGGCCAAGAACCUGCCGGUGUUCUCCAACCUGCCCUUCCGGGAUCAGGUGAUCCUGCUGGAAGAGGCAUGGAGUGAACUCUUCCUCCUUGGAGCCAUCCAGUGGUCUCUGCCUCUGGACAAUUGCCCGCUGCUGGCCCUGCCCGAGGCCUCUGCUGGCGGCAGCUCUCAGGGCCGGCUGGUGCUGGCCAGUGCGGAGACUCGAAUCCUGCAGGAAACCAUUUCACGGUUCCGGGCACUUGCGGUGGACCCCACGGAGUUCGCCUGCAUGAAGGCCCUGGUCCUCUUCAAACCAGAAACGCGCGGCCUGAAGGAUCCUGAGCAUGUGGAGGCCUUGCAGGACCAGUCUCAGGUGAUGCUCAGCCAACACAGCAAGGCCCACCACCCCAGCCAGCCUGUGAGGUUUGGGAAAUUGCUCCUGCUCCUCCCGUCUUUGAGGUUUAUCACUUCUGAACGUGUUGAGCUCCUCUUUUUCCGCAAGACCAUAGGGAAUACUCCAAUGGAGAAGCUCCUUUGUGACAUGUUCAAAAACUAGUUGAAGUAGAAAUAAAAUGAGUGCAACCACUUUGGGAAAUAAUCUACUGAAGCUAAAAAUCUGGCUACACUUUGAUUCGGCAAUUGCACUCAUGGAUAUGUGUACCUGUCAGAAAUGUCCACCAAAAGAAUGUUUGAAGCAGCGUUUUUCAUAAUAGCCCCAAACUGUACAACGACAGUAGCAUGGACUAAUAAAUUGUGGUACAUAC